AUGGCGAAGAAGUUACUGGGGCUGACCGCUGGACUGGCCAAGUCCACAGCUUUGGCUCGUAACCGAAAUUAUGCCACAGCUUCAACAAGAAUCUUGGCUAAAAAUCCCAUAGUUGAAAUGGAUGGUGAUGAAAUGACUAGAAUUAUGUGGGAAAAAAUAAAAGAAACACUAAUUUUUCCUUACAUAAAAUUAGAUUGCUUGUACUACGAUCUUGGUCUACCCAAUAGAGAUGCGACUGAUGAUCAAGUAACUAUAGAUGCUGCUGAAGCUACAUUAAAAUAUAAUGUAGGCAUUAAAUGUGCAACUAUAACACCGGACGAAGCUCGUGUUGAAGAGUUUAAAUUGAAAAAAAUGUGGCUCAGUCCUAAUGGUACAAUACGUAAUAUUCUUGGCGGAACAGUUUUUAGAGAACCAAUUAUAUGUAAAACUAUUCCUAGACUGGUCCCUGGUUGGACCAAACCUAUUGUUAUUGGCAGACAUGCUCAUGGUGAUCAAUACAAAGCUACUGAUUACUUAGUAACCAGGCCUGGUCAAUUGGAAUUAGUUUUUACUGAUCACAAAGGGCAAGUAGAGAAGCUUAAGGUGUUUGAUUUCAAAUCUCCUGGUGUUGCGAUGGCCAUGUAUAAUUUGGACGAUUCAAUAGCUUCAUUUGCUCACUCCAGUUUUCAAGUGGCUUUGUUGAAAAAAUGGCCGCUUUAUUUGUCUACAAAAAAUACCAUCCUUAAAAAAUAUGAUGGAAGAUUCAAAGACAUUUUUCAAAAUAUUUUUGAAGACAACUACAAGUCUCAAUUUGAAGCAGCCAAAAUUUGGUAUGAACAUCGUUUGAUCGAUGACAUGGUAGCACAAGCAUUAAAAGGAGAUGGUGGUUUUGUAUGGGCAUGUAAAAAUUAUGAUGGAGACGUCAUGUCUGAUAUUAUUGCUCAGGGAUAUGGUUCUUUGGGCCUUAUGACUUCAGUUCUUGUAUGCCCUGAUGGUAAGACAUUAGAAUCUGAAGCUGCUCAUGGAACAGUCACCAGACAUUACAGACAACACCAAGAAGGAAAACUAACAUCAACAAAUCCAAUUGCUUCAAUUUACGCUUGGACUCGUGGUCUUAAGCACAGGGCAAAGCUUGAUAACACUCCUGAACUUACCAAAUUUUGUGAUACAUUGGAAGAAGCUUGUGUAGGAAGUGUUGAUGCUGGCCAUAUGACUAAAGAUCUUGCAGCUUGUAUACAUGGUUUAAAAAAUGUAAAAGAAGGAAUGUACUUGAAUACUAACGAGUAUUUGGAUAGCGUGAAAGAACAUUUGGACAUUAAAUUGAAACCGGAUACAAAAAAACUGUUUGCAUCAAUUGGUGCAGUUUGA